AUGCCUGCAUUAUUAAAGACGCACGGUCGAAUUUUGCCUUCAGAUUUUCGUGAGAACAUUGAGAAGUUAUUAAGCAUAAGUGUAAAAUUUCAAAUUUGUAUUCAUAGUUUUUUUCUCAAAUAUAAUAAAUCCAGAGUUGGAGCCUGCGCGUGGCAAAAGCUUCCGGCAAGUAGAACUCAGUUGUUUACAUCGAAUCCUGGGAUCAAGGGGGAGGGGGACGUUGCAGUCAGAAAAAAUAUACAUGAUGCAUCACUUAGUGUCCAAGGCUUCGAGGAGGGUAUUGUAUUCGGUUGGAGCUCUCUAUCGCAAUGCUUCAUGUUCUUCUAUGGCUACAAAACAUUAUUUUGGUGUAGUUCCAACUCUGCGAAUGAAUUUUGAGAGUACACAAAAGGUUCCAGUUACCAAAAAAUUCUUGAAAUGGGGAUCUCUGGAGUUCUGCAGGAACUUGAGCUUUGCGACUGGGUUCGCACCCUUGAAGGCAAAGCCUUUGGAGACAAUUAUAGACGUCGAAAGGGCUAAGAAGAAAUCACCUGAAGAACUCGCUGACAUUUGGGAUGAUUUUCAUUUAGGAAGAGGUCAUAUUGGUAUAUCAAUGAAAGCAAAAUUGUACUACCUGCUUGAACAAAGAGCUUCGGAUUGCCGAUAUUUUGUGAUUCCAUUGUGGAAAGGAAAUGGGUACACCACAAUGUUUGUGCAAGUUGAGAUGCCACACAUGCUUUUCACUGGUCUUGAAGAUUAUAAAGCAAGGGGAACCCAAGCUGCUCCAUACUUGACAGCGUCGUAUUACAAAGAAUUUGCAGAAAGCAAGGACUUGGUGCUUGUUCGUGGUGAUGUUGUGUUCACUAGCAAGCUGAGUGAUGAAGAAGCAAAGUGGCUCUUGGAGGCUGCUCAAUCUUUUUACCUGAAUGAUGUCAGGUAUAAACUGGUCGAGCGUUUCAACAAACAAACUCGCGAAUUUGAGUUCAAGGACGUUUUGCACGCUUUAGAGAUGCCGAUAUUGUAGUCCAAGAGAAACAAACCGAGCAUUUUCUUACCUAUAAGGAGGUGCGUGCCAUUCUUGAAAGAUCAAUAAAAUUGGACCAAAUACUACCUUGUUCCUGUACUUCCAAUCUUUAUAUCAUUUUUUUUUUUUUUUUUUUUUUUUUUUUUUUUUUUUUGUAAUUUAGAGGUUAGAAUUUAGACAAUUUCUUUCUGGAGUUAGUGAUAAAUAACACAUAUAACCGCCUCUUGGCUCCUGUGGUCUUAGAAAAUCAUGAUUUGUUUAAAA